AGAUCAUGGUUGCUUACAAGAAGAUGAGAUACCAAGAGUUGGAAUGCGGUUUGCUCAGUUACAGAUGGCUCAUGACUUUUAUGUGAGCUAUGCAAAGAAAGAUGGAUUUGCAACUAAGAUAAGGACGACAACAUUUGAUAAGAUCACAAAGGCUCCCAUUAACCAAGCUAUACACUGUAAUCGUGAUGGGAUCCGCGAGUCUCGUGUUAAAGCACCAACGCGGAAGAAUACGAUUUCAGCUGCUGGGUGCAAGGCAAGGAUAUAUGUAAAGUUUGAUAAAGACGUGCAAGACUGGGUUUUACUCAAGGUUGACUUGACGCACUCUCACCCCUGUUCACCGAAAAAGGCAGUGCACUACCAUGAGUAUAGGCAGUUGACCAUGCAUGCGAAGUGCGUGAUCGAGGAUAAUGAUGAGGCUGGGAUUCGACCAAACAAGACAUUCUUUGCUUUGUCAAAUGAAGCUGGUGGCCCCUCUAACUUGGGAUUCUCAGAGAAGGAUUUAAGAAAUUAUAUAACAGCAAGGCUCCAAACUAGCAAUGUGAAUGCGGAUGUCAGGGAGAUGAUGAGCUACUUUAGGAGAAUGAAGGACAUCAAUCCGAACUUCUUUUACGCGGUGAAGUUGGACGAUGAGUGUAAAUUUAAGAGUGCAGUAUGGGUUGAUGCAAGGUGUAGGGCGUCGUAUGAAUACUAUGGGGACAUCGUGUCAGUUGAUAGCACGUAUAGUACAAAUAGGUACGUGGUAGUUAAGUUGGUGUUUUUACCUUUUCUUGAUAAUACGCUUUUUUAUUGUGAUUGGCAUUUCUUACAUCUGGUUGGUUUUUCUGGUAGGCAUGGAUUACCGUUUGUGUCGUUCGUUGGGGUCAACCACCAUGGUAGGUCGACCCUCCUCGGUUGUGCUUUGUUGGGGAAUGAAGAAAUCGGAAGUUAUGAGUGGGUUUUUAGCCAAUGGGUGAAGUGCAUGGGAACUGCUCCAAAGUGUAUCAUAACCGAUCAAUGUCGAUCCCUUUACCGUGCGAUCAAAAAUACUUUACCCGACACACGCCACCGGUGGUGCAUUUGGCAUAUUAUGAAUAAGCUACCUUCGAAGCUUGGGGGUUACCGCCAGUACGGAGCUUUGUAUGGUGACCUAAACGACAUUGUGUGGAACUCUCGGACGGAGGAGUCAUUUGAAGAUGAUUGGGCUGAUUUUAUAGAUGAGUACAACUUACAUAACAACACAUGGCUGUCAGAUCUGUAUGAUGACCGACGCAUGUGGGUCCCAAUAUACUUCAAGGGUGAAUUUUGGACAGGAAUGCGGAGUACGCAGAGGAGUGAGAGCAUGCACGCAUUCUACGGUGGAUACUUACACAGUAAAACUAGCUUGGUCCAAUUUAUUCAUGAAUAUGACAAUGUGCUUGGAGUCAAGGAGCAGAGAGAACUGGAGGAUGAUGCUGCAGACUCGAGGGGGGUUAUCCCUUGUGCAACUACCUCGCCUAUAGAGAAACAGUUUCAGCAAGAAUAUACCACGAGCAUUUUUAGGGAUGUUCAAAUUGAGUUUGUGAGGAAGGCUAACUGCAGAGUUUCUACAGUUGAUGAAUAGGGUCCAUUGGUCUGCGUGAAGGUGG